AUGUCCGCAACAACUGUCAACUCCACAUACGGCUUGUAUUGCAACCCUCGCGACAAGAGAAAGCUUUCUCCCUCGUUUCAACCGGGUCCAUACGAUGUCAUCUGUGCCAGAGGAAAGGAAGCCUUCACGCAUGAAGGAAAUGUACGCUUCCGCUCCCUCGUAAGGCGUCACCAAGAUGCCUACGCCGCAGCGAGUACCAAAUACAAAAAGUCCCAGAUCGUCACCCAUGUUGGUAACAUAGUCCGGAAUGCCUCACCAGAAGGAGGUUUCGUCAAACUCAUCAAGGGUGUCUGGUACGAAGUCGGAGAUCGUACCUGCAAGGAAAAGAUCGGUCAAACUUUUCGCGAUGGGUUGGACUCAUUGUACAAUUCUUCGACCAAGGCCAAAGCUCGUGCCCGUAUCCAGCGUCGCGUCGAGGAAUAUCAGGCGAGCAUCAGAUCAAGCUCCCCAGCUACUAAUCAAAACCAGUCCUUACCAUCACAAGAUAUCGAGCCAGCAGACGACGUCAGGAGCUGUGUUUCCAUCGUCUCGAGCGGCUCUGAUGAGUAUGAAACCAGGCCCUCCAUGAUCAACAUGACAAUUACAACAAAGCAACAAGAGGAAGAAUCCUUGCUGGAUACACUAUUCCGUGGAAUGAACUCAACGCUUUUGAGUCAAGACGAGUCGGCAGCACCUGUUGGAUGCUUGGAUCUCGAACCUCUUCCACUCGACGCUUCCAUUGCAUGCCCCAUUGAAUUCAACGAGACGGAGAUUUCCCAAAAUCUGAACGACUCAUUUCGCGACGACAUGAGGGAGUUCUACAAGGCUAUGGACCGUCUUCUUUAG